AUGUCUCUCAAAAUUGAACAAAAAACUCUUCCAGAAGAUCAUCCUUCAUUGGGUCCUACCUACAACAACAUUGCUCUAGUGUACAACAACAUGGGUGACUACUCGAAAGCAUUUGAAUUUUACGAAAAAUCACAUAAAAUCCUCGAAAAAGCUCUGCCUCCGAAUCAUCCCGAUUUGGCUACUUCCUACAACAAUAUUGGCCAAGUGUAUAACGGCAUGGGUGACUACUCGAAAGCAUUUGAAUUUUACGAAAAAGCACAUAUAAUCUACGAAAAAGCUCUGCCUCCAAAUCACCCAUCAUUGGCUACUUCCUACAGCAACAUCGGUCAAGUAUAUAACAACAUGGGUGACUACUCGAAAGCACUUGAAUUUUACGAAAAAGCACAUAUAAUCUACGAAAAAGCUCUGCCUCCGAAUCACCCCUCAUUGGCUACUUCCUACAGCAACAUCGGUCAAGUAUAUAACAACAUGGGUGACUACUCGAAAGCACUUGAAUUUUACGAAGAAGCACAUAAAAUAAAAGGAAAAGCUCUGCCUCCGAAUCAUCCCGAUUUGGCUAGUUCCUACGACAACAUCGGUGGAGUGUAUAACAACAUGGGUGACUACUCGAAAGCAUUUGAAUAUUACGAAAAGGCUCUCGAAAUCACGAAAAAAGCUCUGCCUCCGAAUCAUCCCUCAUUGGGUGUUUCCUACGGCAACAUCGGUCAAGUGUAUAACGAUAUGGGUGACUACUCGAAAGCACUUGAAUUUUAUAAAAAAGCACAUAAAAUAAGAAAAAAAGCCCUACCUCCGAAUCAUCCCGAUUUGGCUCGUUCCUACAAUAACAUCGGUACAGUGUAUUUCAACAUGGGUGACUACUCGACAGCACUUGAAUAUUCUAAAAAGGACUUUGAAAUUACAAAACAAGUUCUGCAUGAGAAUCAUCCAGAUUUGGCUUUUCCAUACAACUGGUUCGGAAAGAUUUAUCGCAGUAUGAAAGAUUACUCAAAGGCACUUGAUAAUUUCGAAAAGUGUCUCUCAAUACGCCAGAAAACCUUACCUGAAAAUCAUCCAUAUCUAGCUCUAACAUACAGUAAUAUUGGCGAUGUUCAUCGAUUACUGGGUAAGUAUGAAAAGGCACUUGCAUUUCAUCGAAAAGCAUUAAAUAUUCAAGAAAAUGUUCAAUGUAAUCCUCUGGAAUGUGCAACGACAUAUAUAAAUUUAGGUGAAACUUAUCGUAAAAUGAAAGAUUAUUCAACGGCAUUGACAUAUUUCGGAAAAGGAUUAGAAAUACGUGAGAAGAAAUUAUCAAAAAAUCAUCCUGAUUUAGCUGUUGUGUAUCAUAAUAUGGCAAAAUUAUAUUUGGCUACACGAAAAUAUAGUAUGGCAAUGAAAAAUAUUCAACAAGCAGUUGAAAUAGCUCAAGAAAAAUUACCUUCAACUCAUCCUCAUCUUUUGGAAUAUAAAGAAACAUUUGAAAAAAUUCGAAUGAAAAUAUAA